UGAUGAUACUGUGAGAGCCUUACUGCACAACUGCGGUAAUUCAUUUCGGCCGUCACAUCUACAAAUUUAUUAGAGCUACGCUAAUGGCAACUUCCAAUGUUAUUGUGUUUGGACGGUCUAGUUACCGCACCAUAAAUCCCAGUUCAUUUUCUUUGAAUUACAUUCCCCCUUCCGAGCAUGCUGCAACUUCGACAUGCAAUUAUUUGCCUAUUAUGCGGAUAUCUUUCGAAGACCACGGCCUUUCCAAGCAUUCCCAGUAACAUUGAUUGGAAGGCCGGAGUUGAGUUACUGGGCAGCUUUGAAUGGCCAAAGAUCACAUUACCGACGAAGAGAGAAACCGCUCCCAAUGGAUCUACUAUACUGUGGGUUAUUCAAGAUACCUAUGAGGGUAGUACUUUUUUCGAUACAUUUAACUUCUACACUGGUGCAGAUCCCACAAAUGGUUUGGUGACUUUUGUUGACCAACAGACGGCAUUCAACGACGGCUUAGCAUCAAUAACCUCCGACAACAAGGUCAUCAUGCGGGGCGAUAAUACAACUCAGCUAGCAUAUGGGGUCAACAGAAACAGUGUCCGCAUAGCAAGUCAGGCUGAGUACAAUAUGGGUCUCUUUAUACUGGAUCUAGACAUGGCUCCAUGGGGUUGCGGUGUUUGGCCUGCAUUCUGGACGCUUGGGAGUGGGACAUGGCCAUACAACGGUGAAAUAGACAUCAUCGAGGGUGUACACGACAACGAACACAACCAAGUCACCUGGCAUACAGCUCCUGGUUGCAACUUAACCCAGAAUACCAACUUCACUGGGACGAUUGUGCAAACGAAUGGCACGGAUAACCUUCAAUGCAAUGCGUUCAUCAAUAACAACGCAGGGUGUGGUGUGACAGAAUGGAGUCAGGCUUCAUAUGGCCCAUAUUUUGAUGAAGCUAAUGGCGGUGUCUUUGCUAUGAAUUGGGACGAAAACGGCAUCGCAGUUUGGUCAUUUUACCGGGCAACUGUUCCACUAGACAUUACACAGGGACGACCAAAUCCAUCUAAUUGGGGUGAACCUGUUGCUGCAUUGUCCACCCAGUCGUGUAAUAUCACUCACUACUUUGCAAAUCACUCGAUUGUAUUUGACAUCACGUUUUGUGGUGACUGGGCCGGCAACUCUUACGCUACAUCAGGUUGUCCUGGCACCUGCGAGGACAUACUGAUGGAUCCGGCUAAUUUUGUUAACGCCUCUUGGAUCAUCAACUCACUCAGUGUCUACAAGCAGUCUUGGUUGGACAUUGUCAGCACGUCGAGCGCAACCCGAACACAUCCAAUCAUGAACCUGAAGACUUGUUGGAUUAUCUCUACAGUGAUAUUCUUACACUUGCUUGUCUCGCUUUGAGAUGCUGGCUGUCCAAGCAGAGGCAUGGCAAAUUAUGAUAUGACGAGCUACUGUGGACGAUCAGAGGAACAUACUAGUGACACCACGAGGCCAUGUUAAUAGAUCUUGCACCCUUAACAUUUGCCUCAUAAU